AUGACAAAGAACAGCACCGAUGGCAAAAUAGUGAACGUAAUAAAGAUUUGGAGGAUGCACUACAAGGAAUGUUGCAGGUACCGUCCACAUACAGUUACCCAGUACAAGAAGGGAAAGGAUUCUUUGUACACACCGGGUAAGAGGUGUUAUGACAGAAAACAAAAUGGUUAUGUUGGGCAGCCAAAGCCUAUAUUUCAAAAAAAGGGUAAGAAGAUUGACUUGACACUUAAGUGUCUGGAGCCCAACUAUCGAUCAAAAGAGAACGCUUGUCAUCAAGAGGUGUGCAACAGCUUUGAGCUGGGAGGAAACAAGAAGAGGAAGGACCAAGUCAUCCAGUUCUAA